AUGGAGCCCAGAGCGGGUCAUCGCGCCAGCACCCCAAGCCUUCGCCGGGCUCUGUGCCGCGGAAGCUCAGCGAUGUUUUCCAGUAAAGAACGCGGACGUUACACCGUGAUCAAUUUUGUCCCUUUGGAGGCGCCGUUAAGGUCCACGCCCCGCUCGCGUCAAGUGACUGAGGACUGUGCUGGAGAAGGACGUGCCGUGCCGCUGGGUUCUGGGUCAGGGUGGUCGGUGGGUGGGAUGGAGGCGACCUUGGAGCAGCACUUGGAAGACACAAUGAAGAAUCCCUCCAUUGUUGGAGUCUUGUGCACAGAUUCACAAGGACUUAAUUUGGGUUGCCGUGGGACCCUGUCAGAUGAGCAUGCUGGAGUGGUAUCUGUUCUAGCCCAGCAAGCAGCUAAGCUAACCUCUGACCCCACUGAUAUUCCUGUGGUGUGUCUAGAAUCAGAUAAUGGGAACAUUAUGAUCCAGAAACAUGAUGGCAUCACAGUGGCAGUGCACAAAAUGGCCUCUUGACACCUCAUAUCUGUUCUUCAGCAGCCUGUCACAGGAACUCAAUCCUACCUAUGUUAAUUACCUUAUAGAACUACUAAAGUUCCAGUAGUUAGGCCAUUCAUUUAAUGUGCAUUGGGCACUUUUCUAUUUAUUUAAGAGUCAAUUGCUUUCUAAUGCUCUAUGGACCGACUAUCAAGAUAUUAGUAAGAAAGGAUCAUGUUUUGAAGCAGCAGGUCCAGGUCACUUUGUAUAUAGAAUUUUGCUAUAUUCAAUAAAUCUGUUUGGAGGAAAAUG